AUGGACACACACACCUCGAUCCUGAACCGCCCACGUGUAAAGCCCGACGAAUUAGUCGGCGAAUUCCCACAUGUGCCUGUCUUCGAAGGCGAACAGUCGCUGGACGCAGCUAGCAUAGCCAAAACAUUUCUCAAGGACUUCGAAGAGGCCGUUGUGAAAGGAGUUUGGAAUGCAUUCGCCGACCUCUUUGCGCCCGACACAUGGUGGAGGGACCACCUGACACUUACCUUCGACAGACGAACCUUGCACGGGAAGGAUGAAGUUGUUGCCGCAUGGAAAGAGCUUGUCGCAAAAAGACCAGUCUCCGCCUUCGGCACGUCUGCAGAAGAGACGUAUGGCAUGGCACCACACUUUGCUCGCUCUCAGUGGAAGAUAUGGGUUCUCGCAACAGCCGCGGACCAUCUCGUGGACUCUCCGUUCGCACCUCUCCCACGAAAGAACGACGGUGUCAUUGGUGCCGGUCAGUGCGGCAAAGUCGCUCCCCAGGGACUGCCCAAGAUCAAAAACGGUGCCCAUCUCGACGCUGUCAUCAUCGGUGGGAGUGCAGCUGGCACGGCCAACGCGAUCAUGUUGCGAUCAGCCGGAGCAGACGUUGUCAUGCUGGAUGUGGAGGACACGCCUGGCGGUCUGUGGUCAAAUCAUAGAUACGAAUCUUUCGUACUCCACCAUGGCAAACUGCCGUCAAGUCUACCAAUGAUUCUGCCAGAUGAGAAGUACAACGAGUACAUGACCGGAAAGCAGCUGAACGCGUACAUGACCGAUGCCACGGAAAAGUUCCAGCUACCAUUCUUCGGUGGCGUGAAGGUCAUCAGCAACACGUGGAGCGACGCGACAAAGGAGUGGAAAGUCUUGAUUGAGGACAUCAGGUCUGGCGAGCAGAUGACUUUGAAGGCCAAGAACAUCGUGAUGGCUAAUGGCUUCCUCAUUGGCAACGAAACGCCUUUCAUGCCCAAGUUGACCGAUCGAGACGUGUUCCACGGACCCGUGGAGCACUCAACGGUUUAUCACACCGCGAAGGAGUACAUUGGCAAAGAUGUCGUCGUCGUUGGAGCGGGAAACUCAGGUCACGACAUCGCGGAAGACCUCUCGCGCUCAGGUGCUCGCUCUGUGACCAUCCUGCAGAAGAAUCCUAUCAUCUGGGCGGACUUUGAGAAGAUGAUGGCGGUUGUCAGCUUCAUGUACCAGGGUCAGAUGUCCGUGGAAGCCGCUGACUUUCAAGGCAACGCACUGCCACUCGCAAUCGCCCGCCAGAUGAUGAUCCCGGCGCUUAAAGGCUUGAUAGACUCGAUGGGUGAGACAAACAAAGUGUUAGAGGAAGCUGGAUACAUGCUGAACAAAAACCCCGAUAUGCUCGGUGCUGCGUUCAACUCGAAGGGAAAGAACUUCUUCAUGGACCAGCCAGGCCUGUUCGAUCUCAUUGCGAAGAAGAAGAUCAAGCACGCCAACGGAGAGGCUGUGGGUUUCACGCCAGACGGCCUGGUCAUUAAGAAGCUGGAUUCAGCUGAGACGUUCGUCCUGCCGGCGCAAGGCGUUGUGCUGGCGACUGGGUAUGAAGUCGUUGAUCUGCCAGCGAGAUGGGCCAAGAGUGGGUUCGUCGACGCGGAGUCUGCAGCGAAGCUCGAGAACGUGAAUCGGUUUGGUUUUGACAAGGAAGGUGAGCUGCCUGGCUUCACGACAUUCUCAGGCCACGAGCAUCUGUAUUUCUCCGGGAUUGGCUUCCUGUACAACAGGGCGAUUGCGCGGUUCACAGCUAUUCAAAUCAUGGCGGAUAAAUUAGGCGAGUUCCCUGAGAGGCUUCGUCGUUAG